GUGACAUACGCGACGCGACGCUCCCUCUCUACCAAGCUGUCAAUAAAACAGCACGCUGAAAAUGAUGUCUGGCUAACUAAGUUGCCCUUAAAAGAUUAUAUUUGCACCGAGUAGGCUUAACACUGCACUGAUAUUCCCUGGACCUGUUUUCGGCCUCAUAUGUAACACACUCAAAAGGAUCCAUGUCUUUUCUUGCCCAUGAGGACAGCCGGGAGAGUCUGACCUCCCUCCCACGUAGGGACACGAUGGGCAGCUUCCUCCCUGACAGUGGCUCGUACGAGCUCCUCACCGUUAUCGGCCGAGGUCUGGACGACUUGAUGACCGUUAACCUGGCUCGAUACAGGCCGACCGGGGAGCACAUUGCCAUCCGACGGAUCGACUUGGAGUCCUGCACUAAUGACAUGGUUACCUACCUGCAGGGCGAACUACACGUGUCAAAGUUAUUUCACCACUCUAGUAUUUUACCCUACAAGAGCGUCUUCAUAGCUGAGAAUGAGCUGUGGGUCAUCUCCCCCUUCAUGGCUUAUGGGUCAGCCAGAGAUCUCAUCUGCUCACAUUUCACUGAUGGGAUGACUGAGCUGACCAUCGCGUAUAUUUUAUUAGGCAUGCUCAGAGCUCUUGAAUACAUCCACCACAUGGGAUACGUGCACCGGAGUGUGAAAGCCAGCCACGUGCUGAUCUCAGCAGACGGACGGGUGUGCAUGUCAGGUCUGCGGAGCAUCUUCAGUCUGAUCCGUCACGGCCAGAGAGCCAAAGUGGUCCACGACUUCCCCCAGUACAGCGUCAAGGUGCUGCCGUGGCUCAGCCCUGAGGUGCUGCAGCAGAACCUGCAGGGCUACGACUCGCGGUCGGACAUCUACAGCCUCGGCAUCACGGCCUGUGAACUAGCCAACGGACACGUGCCCUUCAAAGACAUGCCAGCUACACAGAUGCUGCUAGAGAAGCUAAACGGGACGGUGCCGUGUUUGCUGGACACCACCACCAUCCCUCCAGAGGAACUGUCCCUGAAGCCGUCUCGCUCCGGGGCCGACUCCGGGAUCUGCGAGGGAAUGGGAGCCGGAGGGCCUCGCCACUCCAACGGAGAGCCCUCGUCGUCGUCGACGGGAGGACACCCCUACAACCGGACCUUCUCACCACACUUCCACGCGUUUGUCGAGCUCUGUCUACAGCGAGACCCGGAGAAGAGACCAUCUGCCACCACUCUCACAGGCCAUCCUUUCUUCAAACAGAUCAAACGGCGGCCAUCAGAGGCGCUGCCUGAGCUGCUGAGGCCCGUGUCCCCCAUCACCAGCUUCGAGACCUCCCGGCUACACGGCUCUCCCUCCGGAUUGGCCAGUCUUGAGUCGGGUCUCAGCCACCUGGACAUGGACGACUGGGACUUCUGACAGUGGAUGACACGGCGUGGAGACGCUCGUAGGAUUCUGACGAGAAACUCUGUGAGCGGACGGGACGAGAUUUGUUUUUGUAACGGUCUUCUUGUAAAUAACACAAGCCUCCAUCUAAAGGGACGAGGAGCUAAAAAAAGGCUCUUCUCGGAUGUUCAGAAGCCGGCAGCCAUCUUGCCUCUUCUUUGAUGUGUGCUUUUGUUCUCUAGAUAUGCACAGACUUUUUUUGCACUGCACUGAAGGCCUCUCUCUCUCUCUCUCACACACACACACACACCUGUUUACAGAUUGUACUCACACAACUCAAGCCCCACUGGAACCAAAACACAACCGGACUUCUCUCUACUCCUCAGAGGAGCGUCUAUGGAUGUAGAUGUAGCCUAAAAUCCUAAAGAUUCUCAUUUAAAAAAAAAAAAAAAAAAAGGAUCAGAGGGAAGCUGCUACUGAAUAUUCAGAGGGGGACACUCUACCUCUUGUUUGAACACAGCCACUUGUAAAGUGGACCAUCUGCUCAGCGAGACCGCCAUAAGGAGUGCACACACCGGUCCUCACAGAUGACUCAGUGAAGCCCUCUUCUAAAACACCAGAUGGGAAGGUUUCAAAUUCCUUCAGAGGGUCCACUGAAUAAAAAUACAAAAAGCAUGUAUACUUAUUUCUUAGCUCUCUGCCUGUGUUGCAGUCUUAACUCCAUCUCAUGCUGUACGCCUCACUUUGGUUGCACAGAGGUUAAAAUAAUCUGUAACAUCUGUUUAGUUUAACCCUCGGAGCGUAGAAGUCUGUAUUUCCUUGAACUUAACUCUGGGCGUGAUGAUGUUACUUAAUGUCAAACGUGAAUGUUACAUUGGUGCUUGUUUUGUCUGGUUGCAUGUAUUUUGAAGAAAAACAAAGUUUUGAGGUCAAAGCAAAAAGUGUUGCAAAUGUUUGAUUUUACUUAAAGAAUAAAGUGUUGGAUUUAAUGUUUUAACUUUAAAAAA